AUGAUGUCAACAAUCGAAAAUUAUAUUAAGUCAUGUGAAAAAUGUGCCAAAUUUAACAUCCGAAGAACCAAACCACCAAGUAAAUUAUACCCUAUCACACCAUCCAAGGGUAUAUUCGAAACAAUUGGAAUGGAGUUUUGGGGUUCAACAUCUCAUCCAUCGGCUGAAGGAAACAGGUAUGUGUUGGUAGUAACGGAUUAUUUAUCAAAAUAUGUCAUAGCCAAAGCCAUGCCAAACAACACAGCAACAACAAUAGCACAAUUCAUCGUCGAAGAUGUCAUCUUGAAAUAUGGUGUACCCAGAAAAUUAAUUACAGAUCAAGAAUCACACUUUAAGAACGAAUUGAUGGGCAGCAUUACUCGGCUUUGUGGAUGCAAACACGUCUUUGCAACAACAUACCAUCCCCAAACAAACGGACAGGUUGAACGUUUCAAUGCAACCUUUUAUCCGCAAUUGGCAAAAUUACAUGAUGAAAAUGUUAAUGAUUGGGAUGCAUACUUAACAGCAUGUGUAUUUGCCUACAACACUGGAGUUCAUGCAACAACUGGGUACUCACCAUUUCAACUGAUGUUUGCCCGCCAACCCGUUUUACCCUUUGAUGCACCAAAAGCAGUAAUCGUAUUAACAAAGCCAAAUGAUUAUUGGACACAAAUCAAUCAGUUAAUGAAUGGCUACAAAAAGAGUCAUGGUAAACGUCCAAAAUUCGGUGAAUUAUAUUCUGGACCAUACAAAGGGAUACAACAACAACAUCCACUGGCAUAUUUAGUGGAAGAUGAAGAAUCAUGA